AUGGAGUCCUCUAUGCCAUCCGCCAGGGAGUCAUCUGCCCAACAGCCAAGCCUUUUCAAUCCUGCAGAGGCAACAUCGAAUUUGCCAUUUCAUUUGUUCUCAAAUCUCCUCAAGGAAAUCAGAGACAUGAUUUGGGUGGAGAGCCUCAUCUGCGAGCGAUAUAUCGCGAUUGAGCUUUGGAGCAGAAACCAGCCACAUAGCAAAUUCUAUCGACAGGAACUCUUAACUUAUCUUCCACCUGCCAAGCCAGAGUACAAAUUAGUACUUAUGAAUCCCCCAAGGCCUAAUGCUCUUUUUGGCACCAAUGCCGAAUCUCGUGCCAACGCUUGUCGAUUCUACAGGGUGCAUCUUCCUUGCUACUCCGUCAAGGGGUCGCAGUCACACCCACCGGGAACGUUUUGGUUCAACCCUGAGCUGGACACUCUGGAGAUUCAUGGAUUGGAGCACUUUACAAGCUUUGCAAAUGACCUUUGGCGACAUGACCGCGAAAAGAAAGGACUACGCAAUGUAUGUUUCAAAAUCCAGAACAGUCUCUCGUUUGAUCGCUUUUAUAAACCUGGUGCUUCCUCAGACCAGCUUCAUCAAGCUGUUGGUCGACUUGAGCAUGUCACUUUUAUCCAUUACACAUGGGAUAGGGUCGACCUGGCUUUCGGUGUGUAUUCUAUACGGCGUAUUGGCCGCCAGUUCCCAUUGAUGUACUCCCGUUCGCUUCCUGUUGCAGGAGGAACCGGUAGCUUUUCACGGCAGCGGGAUCCACGCCCCCUCGAGAUUGACGUACUCAACAGUGUCAGCCUCGAGAUCUUCCCAAAAACUCGAGUUGCCAUGGCUUGGAUGAACUGGUUUAAGCAAUUAAGAGCAGGAAGACCAUGUGUCUUCAGAUUCGCAUAUGCCGCUGAAGGACGACAGAGGCCAUCUAUUACUGACAGAUCGAGCGCUAUGGCCUUCUUAAAGGACGAAGUUGAGAGGUGGCAAGAGUUCCGACUUGAAGACACGGUCCCCGAGCAGUUUGAUAGCCAACUUCAAACUGCAUUUGGGUUCUGGAGUUUUCCCCUUGAGCCUCAAGGUCUAUUUUCCAAGGGCUAUCCACGGCCAGAGUUAUGCGUAUUUCACUUAUAA